CUGUCAGUGUCGGUCUCUCCAAAUGAGUGAAAAGCCCAGGGGCCGUGACAAAUUUUUAAAGCGGAGCCAUCCUCCCUGCAGCUCAGCCAGAGGUUCGACCCCCUGCACGGUCCAUCCUCCGGAGGGUGAGGGGUUUGUGUGGAUGACCGCGGAGCGCAUCUCCCCCCGAAGCGCGGCAGAGGACGCGUGCGGAUACAUGGAAUAAACUCAGUCCCACCAGCCACCAUGUCAGGGAAGUUAGAUGGAAAAAAGAAUUGGGCGGCGGUCAGGGAUCGCUUGGGCUCGUCGCAGGACUCCGACACCCAACAGGAGGCCAACCUGGAGAGCGCCGACCCAGAGCUGUGCAUCAGGCUGCUGCAAGUUCCCACUGUGGUCAACUACUCGGGGCUGAAGCGUCGCCUGGAGGGCAGCGACCAGACAUGGAUGGUCCAGUUCUUGGAGCUCAGCGGACUGGAUCUGCUCCUGGAAGCCCUGGACCGGCUCUCGGGGCGCGGAUGCUCUCGCAUCGCCGACGCCCUGCUGCAGCUCACCUGUGUCAACUGCGUGCGGGCGGUCAUGAACUCCUCUACAGGGAUCCACUUCAUUAUAGACAAUGAGGGAUACAUUCGGAAGCUGUCACAAGCCCUGGAUACCUCCAACACCAUGGUGAAGAAGCAGGUGUUUGAGCUACUCGCAGCCCUCAGCAUGUUCUCUGCAGACGGACACCGCCUGGCUCUGGAUGCCCUGGACCAUUACAAGGGCGUGAAGACGCAGCAGUAUCGCUUCAGUGUGAUCAUGAAUGAGCUGCAGGCGACAGAUAACGUCCCCUACAUGGUCACACUCCUCAGUGUCAUCAACGCCAUCAUCUUCGGCACAGACGACAUCAGGCAGAGAGAUAAGAUGAGAAAGGAGUUUAUCGGGCUUCAGCUACUUGAUAUUCUGCCGAAGUUAAGGGAGCAGGACGAUGAAGACUUGAUUAUUCAAUGUGAGGCUUUUGAAGAAGCGAUGGCUGAAGAUGAGGAGGAGCUGCUGCGGGUGUACGGGGGCAUCGACAUGAGUGAUCCCCUGGAAGUCUUCACUACGCUCUUCAACAAGGUGAGCAGCUCUCCAGCCUCUCUCCAGCUGCUCUCCAUCCUGCAGACACUGUUGGUGCUGGGGCCCGGCCGCUCCGAUAUCUGGCUGGCUCUGGAGGCUAUUACCAACAGAGCUGUGCUGUUGGCCCAGGACUCUCAGAUGGAGUCCUGUGAGAAGAUCACACAGCGGCUCCUGUUCUCCAAAGGUAAGAGCAGAGUGGGUCAUCACGAAGUGGACGGGCACAAGGUCGGAGUGGACAAGGCUGUGCAGACGGGGCUGGACGAAGAGAAGCCAGUCAUGAUCGCUGCGUCCUCCCAGAAGCAACUCUGUGCCGCCCCUCCGCCUCCCCCUCCUCCCCCACCUCCCCCACCACCUCCUCCUCCUCUUCCCUUUGGCAUGACCGGGCCCCUGCUCCACCCUUCAAACCAGUGUCCACCCCCACCGCCUCCUCCACCACCGCCGCUACCUGGAGGGUUUGGUGGACCUCCACCACCUCCUCCCUUACCCGGCAUGCCACCUCCACCAGGCGGCCCAGGCAUACCUCCUCCUCCUCCACUACCAGGAAUGGGCAGCGGACCACCACCACCGCCUCCCUUACCUGGCAUGCCACCUCCGCCUCCUCCCGCCCCAGGCAUGAUUGUUGCCCAGAGCGUCCAGUCCCUGGGGUGCACGGCGCCCGCCAAGAUGUACCGAUGUCCCACCCUCAGGAUGAAAAAGCUCAACUGGCAGAAACUCCGUAGUGUUACUGAUGGUCCCUCCAUGUGGGCCUCGGUUCAGAAGGAGCCUCCUCCUCCGGAGCCGAACUACAGCAGUAUCGAGCAGCUGUUCUGUCUCCCGGUGACCGAGCACAAAGACAAGGGGGCAGCUGCUCCUGUCAAGAAGGAGGCUAAAGAGAUUACAUUCAUUGAUCCAAAGAAAAACUUGAAUUUGAACAUAUUCCUGAAGCAGUUCAGAUGUAAAAAUGAGGACUUUGUGGCCAUGAUUCAGAAUGGCGACCGGACUAAGUUUGAUGUGGAGGUGCUAAAGCAGCUUAUGAAGCUUCUACCAGAGAAGCACGAGAUUGAAAACUUGAAGUCCUUCCAAGGAGAAAAGGACAAGUUGGCGAAUGUUGACCGCUUCUACACCUGCCUCCUCACUGUGCCAUGUUAUCAGUUGAGGAUUGAGUGCAUGUUGCUGUGUGAGGAGACUUCGUCGGUGCUGGACAUGCUCAAACCUAAAGUCAAGCUGCUGGAGGAGGCCUGCCACUCUCUCAGAGCGAGCACGCUCAUACCCAGCUUCUGCAGGCUCAUCCUCGACGUGGGAAAUUUUCUCAACUAUGGGAGUCACACAGGGAAUGCAGAGGGGUUCAAGAUCAGCUCCUUGCUCAAGCUCACAGAGACCAAGGCCAACAAGAGCCGCAUCACGCUGCUUCAUCACAUCCUGGAGGAGGCAGAGGCAAACCAUCCGGAGCUGUUGGCACUGCCAGACGAUAUAGAGAUCUGUCAAAAGGCAGCAGGAGUGAAUCUGGACUCUGUUCAGUCGGAAGCCAGUGCCUUACUAAAACGACUGAACGAGGCGGUCAAGAAGGUCUCCGUCUCUAUGGAGGAGGUGAAGGAGCAGUAUGCAGAAGUUCUUGAAGAAAGUGUGGAGGCAUGUAGCGCUUUAAACGAAAGGUUCACUGACAUCGACAAGCAGAGGAGUGAGCUGGCCGUCUACUUAUGUGAGGACGCUAAUCAGCUGUCGCUCGAGGAACUCUUUGGAACCCUCAGGAGUUUUCGGGAAUUUUUCAUCAAAGCAUUAAAGGAAAACAAAGGCAGGAAAGAGCAGGCGGCCAAGGCUGAGAAGAGAAAGAAGCAGCUGGCAGAGGAAGACUCCAAGAGACAGAAGGGAGAGAACGGAAAAAUCAUCAAGAAAGGCUUCGUGCCACACGACGACGGCUGCAUCAUCGACCACCUCCUGGCGGAUAUCAGGAAAGGUUUCAGCCUCAGAAAGCCCAGGCCAAGGUGCGAUUCGGAAAGCCUCCCUUCUAGUGAAAAGCGUAGGGAUACCUGCCCACCUGGAUCAAGUGCCAAGCCUGCAGACGGAAAAGCCGCAGAAAUAGCCACCAGUUCCACUCCCAGCAAAUCUCGGACAGAGGGUCGCCAGGUCAGCACAGGCGAGGUGAACGGCUUCAUCAGCCCGUCAGAAGAGACGCCACCUGCCCCGCAGAGGGCCGCAUCAGACGGAGCAGCUCCACCUCCCAACACACCCCCAGUAGAGCGAGCGGUGACCACGCAGGCCCCCCCAGAAAGACCUGCGCCGCUGCAGAAGGCCCAGCCCCCAGAGACGCCUUCGGUGCCUUCCCUAGCUACAACACAACCUCUGGCUCAGGUUGAAGGGGCACAUCAACCAAGUCCCGCAACAAAUGGCUUUUCAUUGGAUUCAACUGACACCAGCGUCCUCAGCCCGUCCUCCCUCUCAGACUCCGACCUGCUGGAGGCUGUGUUAGAUGGCGCUUCCAGCCUGGCCCCUGAGAAUCUGACACCCGAGCAACCAGCGGACAUCGCUGUGAAUAUUCAGGUCAAGGAAUCUCCUUUGCCUAGUACAGAUGUCAAUGUAACACAGAGCAGUGAAAGCAAUACAAAUGGAGAAGGGGAAACUAGUAAUAAAACAAGCCAUUUAACAGAGACUGUCGGGAAAGAGAACGGUGGGGAGGAGCAGGAGUCCAUUGUCGUUAUAACGUGCAGCCAAGACGAGGCUGUCGGUCGCAAGAUCUCUGAACUUAAAAGCCAUUUAACCGCCCUCGAUGAGCUCGAGUAUGACGUCCCAGAUGGAGUGGAAGUACAAGACCAGUCAUCGGUGUCUGAAGCGGUGCCUCUAUCCCUGAAGCCCGACGUAAAAAAACAGCCGAGCCUCUUUAAACGAAACAAAAAGAAGAGUAACCAAGGUAACUCCUCCAUUAACUUCAAUAAACAUCACUUUUGGAAUGCUAGUCUCUUGACGUGUCUUAAAAGGAAAUCCAUAUUUGUUUUGGUUUUACUGCAUUUUGCAUUUUACAUUUUCUGCAUGGGCUAUUUUAGUAUAUGUUCUUAAGUGUUUUUUUGCAUGAUUUACAUUCAGUUUUAUACGAAAGAGUAUGGAUGCAUUUUGUAGCAGACUUUCAGAUUACAUCAAUACUGAAUGGAUUUCAAUGUGUGGUCAGUUUUGUUUGAAUGCUCUGCUCUCCGUUUUGAUUCUCUGAAACACAAGGUAACAGUGGGAAAGGACACACUAAACAUAAAAAGGGCUGUGUGUUGCAGUGAGGUAGGUCAAAAUCGAUGGGAUGGCAAACUGUAAGCAGGACCAUCAUGCUAAUGAUCACUGUCGACGCUUUUGUCACAAAUAACACGUCAUUUUGUGGCUCUAACUGGAAUCAAGAUUUCAUUUGUCUGUGUUGUCCAGCUUUUUAACACCUGCUCUUUCUCUCUAAAACCUUUCCAACGCAGUGGUUAUCAAACCUAAAGCUUAAGGCCGGAGAUUUACUUUCUAUUUAGACACAUAUUCGCAUAGAUGACAACAUGCGUCAUGAGUGCAAUUAUUCCCAUACUCGCUGUGUAGUAUGCAUGUUACUGGAGUGUCCACUAGAGGGCUCAGUACAAGACUCAGAUCGUGUAUAUACAUACACCUUAUGGAUUUGGAUUCUGCCAAUAAAAAAACAUGGUGACACCGGAUGUCAAAUACUGCCCCUACUGUUCAUGUGUAUACAACCAACACACCAAAUGGAUGCAGGAUGCACAAGUCAGCCAUGACACAUGCACAGUUAAAAGCAAGUCUAUCUCCGGCCUUGUUUGAGCCAAUUCAGGUGUCUUCAGGUGAUUCUUAUGUCCAUUAAACCUGGGGGGAAAAUAUUAGCAUUUUAUAUGUAUAUAACAUUUUAUCUCCUUUAAUCAAUGAUGACGUGAUCUUACAUCAGUGCUCUGGUCUCAAGCCACCUCGCAGUUUGUGGUGUCUCGUGAAGUCAUCGUGGACUUGAGUCGUUUCAUGAAAGCCUUUCACUUCUUGUUUCUCAUAUUUUCUUGUCCAUUUCCUAAAAUAAGCAGCUGAAACUGUUUUUAUUCUUUUAAUCUUCUUACAAAAUCGUGGGCUUCCUGUAAAGGGUUCGUAAAUCUGACUGUGAUGGAAGAUACUGUUUAUAUAUAUAUAUAUAUAUAUAUAUAUAUAUGGGCUGUAAAUACAUUAAAAAUGUUUUUAUAACUUAAAAAAAAUUUAAGGAAAUAGUCAUGUCUGCACGCUAAAGAAUUGUGACCAAAUUUCUUGGCCUUUGAGCCAACAGUUUUAUGUAUAGGUCUGAAUAUGGCUUUAAAGAGAUUAAAAUAUUUUACUUUGAUAUAUUUUUGAUUCCAUUUAUUCAUUUUAGCCUUUGUCUCCCCAGGUGACUCCAGAAAAAGGAAAUCGAGAGGAAAAAGAAAAUGUUAAUUUCUCAGUGGAGUUCUGAACUGGAAACCGAAGAUAUAUAUAUAUAUAUUUUAUUUAGUGAGAGACUAUGUGAAUAUUGACUGCCUUAGAGAGGAUGCAGAGGUCUUUCUUUUGUGAUGAUUUGUCUUUCCAGACCAUGAAGAGUAAACCCAUCUACAGCUCGGUUCUUCACAGCGUGGAUUUAAUAAUAUCACUUUAUGUAAAUGAAUUGUAGUUUUCUUUCUUGUGAAUGUGGGUGUUUUUGAUUCAGAGCUAUUCAAAAAAAUAUGAAAAUUCUUUGUAUGUUUUGUAAAGUUGUUGUAAUAUGCAUGUUUUGUUAUCUAUCAUGAGCUCCAAUUAUGUUUCAGAACCUUGAGAGAGAAAGAUGCAGUGUUUGGUGCCAGAUAUUAACUGUAAUUCGUAAAAAAUAUCAUUUCUUUGUAUAUAUAUUGUUCAGAUGAACUCUUAACAGUAAUGCUGAGGACAUCAUAUGAUGCAUUGUAACUUUUAAUGUGAAGUAUAUUUUAAUAAAUUGAAUUACUAUUGA